GGAUCCAUCCAACCAUUGUUUAUGUCACAACAUAAAAAAUGUCAACAAAUUUCAAGUACAAUUUGAAUAAAAGCCUGAAAAAGUACGUCAAAUACAUUCCUCAACUGUCGAAACCAGUGCUAAGGGUAUUGAUACAAGUCUCAGUCCAUUACAUUGAAAGUCGUAACUGCCCAUCCGAGGUGUUAGACAUAGCGCUGAACAAACUGUCCCACACUGGCUGCGAAAUACCGGAGAACUUCUACGAACUAUUUUCGGCAUGCAUUCAAAUCAUGCAAUUGUUUUUACGCACUCCCAAGGGUAGUGUCAAGAACGAAGAGUUGCGAGAAAAUCUGCGAGAUUUACGGUUCAGCGAGGAAUGCAUCGACGAUAUCUGCAAAGUGUUGCACAACCAUCGAGACUCAUUGACACAAAACUACUGCGAGGUGAAAAGCUUACGGACGCCACCGAAACGAAUCAAUUGGUGCAUCAAUUUGUCGCUGAUUGAGAGUGGCAUCACAAGAAUAGCUCAACCGUCGAUCGUACUGCAUUUACAAAUGAGAAACGGCGAAUAUCGUACGUUCGAGGUACCUAUGGUUAUGUUUCACAAAUUACGAUACUCGGUGGCUUGUUUGUUGAAAGAGUUUCAAGCAUUAGAAAGUCGACAAAUAAUGAAAAAAUAACUUUCGUUCGUUCAUGUAAGAGUGAUUUAAGUAAAUUGUGCAAUAAAAAUAAAUCGUAUAGCGAUAUGCCGUGCAGCAUCGUAA